GGCGGCGUCAGCUGCUCAGCCUGAUCCGAUGGAGAUCGAGGGGGUGUCACGGUGCUGCUCGGAGUGCCUGAAGACACCUGGUUGUGAGAUAUGGCAGUAUAGGAUAGAUACGGCGUGCUGCGACCUAUUCUCGGACAAGUUUAUGACCAAGGGAGCGGAGCGGAGCAACAAGACCGUCGUUGGGAUGCCUCUGCCAAGUAAGACGACAGUGCUCAUGAGGUUCAUUGGUGGUGGAUGCGGGCCUUUUCCCCCUCAGUUCGCAAGCCGGAUGGCGGGAUCUUCAUUCGAGACGCCACUGAGAUCGACAACAACACCUAUCUGUCCUAUCGGGCCGUCGGCAAAGGUAGGUCAGACACCCAUUAUUCUCUCGCGCCUUGAUGCCCACUAUCUGUCCAGACAUUCUGAGUGACGUCGCCCCGCUGCCGCGCUUCCCUUACGACUUCGCCUUCGCCACGACCAAAGGCGAGAUGCAGGAGUCGCUCAAGGACGACUACAACUGCAUCAAGGUGCUGAGCAAUCGGGACAAGGAGGGCUACUUCUGUGCCAAGAAGGGGCUGGCGGACCUCAAGAUGGAAUGGCUCGUCAAAGCCGACGCCAACAAGCAGUGUGUCAAGAUCGCUACCGACGACACGUCGGAGGAUGGAUACCUCUGCUUUGAGGGAUGGCCGCAGGUGUGUGUGAAGUGGCUGCAUUGCAUACGUCUGUCGAUCUGUCGGUGAGUGAGUGUGUCUGUAUGCAGGCCGCAGACUUGGUGUUUGUUAGCGGGGGUGCCUUGGGUCUUGAGAAGAGGGAGACCUGCAUGAGAUGGGUGCCCACCCUCGGCUACAAGACCUGGACAGAAGCCUACCUAUGCGCACGCACGUGAGUCCAACCGAAGGGCAAUGAAUCAACACACACAGAGUGAACACCCAACACAACAAACACACAUAAAUGCAUCCCACCACCAGGCCAGCACGACAACCCCAAGCUCUACACGAAGCUGGCGGUGCCUUCCUGCAAGCAGGUGGAGGUGUGCAACACGACAGCAGGGGAUCUGUGCGCCCUGACCAACAACCCCCAAGACAUGAAAUGCCAAACACAGGCCACGCAGUAAGCAGACACACAGAUGAAACGAACGAAGAGCUGAUGUGAGUGGCACAUGUCGCCUGGCCUUAGCAAUGAGUUCCUGGGCAACGUGAGUCGGUCCGAGGGCGGCUGGCAGGGCAAGCUCUUCUGCGCAAACUGGGACAAGACAUUCAUCGCAAACCCAGGCAGGCACAACCACACCACGCAGACAGAAACAUCUUGAGACACACAACACCUUCCUGCUCUCUCCCCCCCUCACAUCUAUCAGAGUUCCAGGCGGAGAACAAGCCCCCCAAUCAGCGCAACGAGUGGUGGCUGAUCCUCAUCUCGCCCGACCACAGGCUGGGUGACAAGUUCAGAGUGGAGGAGGCCCGGUGCUGCGAGACCGCCUUUGGGGCCCCCUGUGUGAAGACCUUCCCCGAGGGCGCCCAGCGUCUGGCGGCCACCAUCCUUAACGAGACACUGAUUGUGGUCAAGGGCGACGCGGGGAUGCUCAAGAAUGUGGGGGAGACGGAGCAAACCUUCAAGCUGCUCGAGAAGGAAUACCUCCUCGAAUGCACCGGAGGUCAGUGGUGGUGGCUGCCUUGCCGUUCAUUUCUCGCUGUGUUGUCUGUCUGUUUCUUUCCUUCAGAUGGGCCAGAUGAGGGCUGCGAGAGUAUCCAGCCACCACACCCACCCAUGUGGCAGCAAACUAGCCAGGCCUCCACGCGCUGUUGUGUGUGUGCUUUCGCAGGGGGUAUACAGCUUCGAGAAGCCCGAGCACGGAGAUCAGGUCUACUGGAUCGACGCACUACCAGAACCCGAAUUUCGCAACUACUUCGGCCAGCUCGUGUCGUGCCAGCGACCGAGAAGGUGCGAGACGCUCUGCCUCGUCAAGCGGCCCACAUACCCCCCUGGGGAAUGCUCAGUCACCGAUUUCGGUACCUUAUGUGUCCAUAACACGCAGCCGUGGCCAGUGUUGUGUCUAUGUGUCUGUUGCGUUGUGUCAGGCAAUCCGUGUCUCGGGGUCGGGCCGAAGAAGGUGGUCGAGCAGACGCUGCACUUCGUGCAGGGCCCGCCCCUGCUGCCGGUGGAGUGGCUGGGGCACUUCCUGCGCAACGGCACCAAGGAGGAGGUCUACCAGAUAGUGCAGCACGCGGGCGUCCGAUUCCCAAAGAAAAAGAAAGGUCAGAUAAUGCAGGGCCAUGUCUCUCUCUCUGCCUCUCGGUGCAUCAGGACCUACCUGUGUAUGCUAUGCUGGGUGGUCUGGUCAGUCGCUGCCAAGAAGGGCGCGAACGGGUGCUGCAUGGUGCGUGACGAUAAGGACGAGACCAAGCUCCUCAAGACCUGCGACAGAAAGAACCCCAUCCCUGUCGAGCGGUUCAUACUCGAAACCAUGCGCGACGAACCAGACCCAGUCCCUUGCAAAGGUCAACUUCUUCUCCCCAUCCACCACAAACACACAAACACACAAACACACACUCAGAGGUCUCUUUCCUUGGUCCCUCCCGUCUUUCAGAUUCCCACGGCAACUGGAGUGAGGUGGGCAUCAACGAGGCCUGGGUGUUGGGGUGUCUGGCGGUGGGCGGCGGCUGCAAACUGGGAGUGGGCUCCGAGGAGCUGUGCAAGGUGGAGUGCGAGCACCUGGAGGCCAAGGAGAAGUGCAACUCGUUCAACUACUUCAACAAAGACGGAAAGCCCAGCUCCGCGGAGUGCUGCCUGCAGUCGUGUCCGGAUGUCACCAACCCCGUCAAGCGGCAAAUCAAGCCCAAGGAGCUGCCGGGGUGGAAGAAAAUCGUCAAUUUUGCCGGUCCGUGCGGCGAAAAGAGCACUUGCCACCGUCUGUCUGUAUGCAUGUCUCACUGUGUGUUGUGCAUUUGCGCACAACCAGCAACCGAGGGAAUCGACGUCAGCCAGCUUAAAUUCCGUAAGCCCUUUAUCAAUGGGGAGAGACAUGGAGGCACGAAAGAAGCUCUCUCCCUUUCUGUUGUGUGUGAUUUGCAGCGUCUCCGGGGUGCAGUGCGGUGGUUUUGCAGAACAGGGAUGCCAACAACGGCGUCUACUCGUUCAACAUCGACGGCAUCCCCUUCAAGUCGUACUGUGUCUUCGACCGCACCAGGGGACACAUAUGGACGCUCAUUAGGUCGGUCAUGUACCAGGACUUUCUGCACAAGGAGGGCUUCGGCAGCACGGCACUCACCGACGACUACUUUGGGGCGGUGAAUGUGAGCAACCUCACCGAGAUAACGCACGUCAACGAGCCGCCACAAAGGGUCUCCUUCGACCUGGGAUAUACCGGUGCGUCUGUGAGAAGAGGUUGUGGCUGGUCAUUGGACCACAGGUGGACGAUUUGUGUGUGUGUGUGUUGGGUGUGGCAGAUGUACCUAGCAAGCUGUUGACGAGCAAGGCGGCCGAGUGGACGCACUUCCUGGCCACGUGCGACUUCAACACCGACAUGGACGAGGACUUCAUGCUCUUCGAAUUUCGAAAAGGAGACCAAUUCCCACUCGCCCUCAACAGUGACGCCCCAUCAUGCCAGCACCUCGAAGCGUCAGACACCCCAACCCAACUCAACCCACCAGACCCGCCCCCUGCCUCUCUAUGCGGAUCUCUCUCUCUCUCUCUCUCACUCAGAUAUACUCUAUUGCACAAGCAUUGUAAGGGCGAAAAGUGCCAGCUGCCGAUUUCGCAGAAGACGGGUGAGACAUCCUUCCACGUCAACCCGGUUCAGCCGUGCGAAGGGGACGAUACGCUUAAGGGCGUCAGCUUGAAAGAGAAGGAGAAGUUCUUCGGCUCCUAUGAGCGGCCGCCAGAGGGGGAGCGGUUCAUGUGUGCCGCUUCGAAGGUGUCGAUUACCAACUUCUGGCUGGGGGAAAAGUGUAAGCACCCAGACGUUCGACAAGCCAAGUGUUGUCAUGUCCCUCUGUGUGUCUGUCCCUAUGUGUGUGUCAUGCGUGGUCAGUUCCGUCUCCUCACGAGAACUGCGGUCAUUUCUUCUCGUGGGAUUUGAAGCCGGGGUUCAAGUGUGUUGGGGAGAUGAUAAGGGAGCUGGACUGGGUGGGCAUGUACGGCACCAACAGAACCAAAAAGGAAAUGGUCUGCAGGGGCGCAUUCCGCGCUCAACGCACUGUGUCUCGCAUACUCGUUAGAGGUGAGAAAUCGAGCCAUCAGACACGUCAGUCAGGGGUCCCCUGUGUUGGUUGGGUUUGGUGGGUUGUAUUCCCGAUAUAUCAGGUCGACCCCGAAGACCAGACGAAGAGCUCCUGCACGCUGUGCAAGACCUCAGAGCCUGCGGAUAAGGUGUUUGAGAAGAAGCAGGGCGUGUGGAGCGGGUACAAGGUGUUCGACUACGCCGACAACGGCUCACCCAGGCCGUGCACACACUCGGACGCAUGCUUCGCCGACGCACAGAGGAGCGAAACAGGUGACUGAACGUGCACAGAGACACGGAGGGCAUUCAUGUGAGAGAGUGUGUGUGGGUGUGUGAAGGUGUUGGUACGACCUGCGAUUGGGCUGAGACGCCAGGCAAGAAGGGCUCCCCUGCUGUGCCGGCGAAAAGAGUGGCCCAGUUCAGUGUGCACGAUACGGCCAGAGAAGAACCUGACCAAGACGUUCUAUGCAGGCAAGCCAUUCUCCCUCCCUCCCCGCUUCCCCCCCGACACACACACACACACACACCCCACCCACCGACAAUCUUCCUUACGUCUACAUGCGUCUCUCUCUCUCUGACUCUCUGUGUGUGUGGCUGUGUGUGUGGCUGUGUGUUGGCGUCAGAGCGUACAUGAUGGAGGUGAUGUUAUCAUGGAAGCACCACAACAUCGGGUGCUAUGAGGUGCACAAGGAGCGGGGCGACAUCACCGUCUGCAACCUAUACAACUCUACCGUCAUGUGGACUGCCGGCGGCUCCUUUCGAGCAGGAAGAGUCACGUUCCCGCUCUGCCCACACAUAGAGAGAAAGAGGCCGCCUGUGGCUAUGCUGGCGGGCAAUAGGACAUCAGAGUCUGCUGUGGAUAGUGGCAACAUGACUCUAAUAAGCCUUGUGGACAGAUGACGCCCGCCUUUCUGCCUCUGUGCCUCUCUCUGUGUUUUUGGCGGUUUGGUCGAUGUGUGUGGCGUCUUGCUGCCUUUGGGGCGGGCAGAUAAGUGUGUGCAUCGCACUGUGUCUGCAUUUGCUG